UACUGAAUCACUGAAAUAAACACUGAACUCUUUUGUUUGGUUGUACAUAAAAGAGUAUUUAGCAAAGUCUUUCUGAAUAUGAUGACAGACGCAAACACACGGGCAAACAAAUGUCAUUGAUGACUCCCGAGCUUCCUUCAAUAAUUGCAAUCUUUGUUCCGAACGAAGUAUAAUUAUUGAAAUAAAUAGUGACUGGUAAAAAAGUAGGGUUCCCUUUAUAGUCACAGAUAAUUCGGUUGACCUAACGUAGUACAACAAUUAGAAAAAUGAAGAAAAGGAAACACAUUUGUGACUUGGACCUCGGUUCUGACAGCAUGCUGCCCAAAAAGACUACCGUCCCUGGUCGAGCGUGUCGCUACUUGCGCAAGCUAGGCCAGCUCACGAAGCUGCACCCGGAAACCUUCGAGCAUUUCCGCAGCUACUCGGCCGUGGUCGCCGAACGACAGCGACAACUGCUGGAAGACGGGGGGCACGUUAUACACCCUUUUAGUAUUAUCAGCUUAGCGUGGAUGACUUUCAUGAUAAUAGUGAACUUAGCACACAUGAGCCUGUCGACUCUCCGGCUGUUCUUCGUGCUGCAGCCGGUCAACCAGACCACGGUCCACCCGGUGGACAGGCCCAUACUCUGCCUCAACGUCAUCUGCCUGAUUGACAUGCUCAUAAAGAUCAACACGGGAUAUGUUCACAAGAAGCAGUCCCUCAUUGUUAUGAGCAGGAAGUCCAUUUUCUGCCGCUACCUCCGUCGCUGGUUCAUCAUUGACUUGGCGUCCAGUUUGCCCGUCGCCUACGUCGUACUUCACAUGAACUUAGACCGGCGCCUCGUGCUGGUCGCACACUUCAUGGCCGUACUCCGGGUCACCAAGAUCUACACCGUUACCGCAAACGUUAAGAUUUUUAUGAGAAUUUUCACGGAGUCGUACAUCGUGCACGGUCUGGUGCGGCUGACGCUACUGUUCGCGCUGACCACGCACUGGUGCAGCUGCCUGCUGUACAGUCCAGCUGUCGUGCAUUACUACUGGACAGGCACUAUGCACGGCACACCCACCUACCACAUGAAUAUUUAUAGAACAGAGAGUCAGGUUCAAGACAUGCAGACUCGCUACAAUAAAGCUCUUAUCGUAGCGCUUUCCUCUUUCUUUGGUACCGGUUUUACAAUGUUUCGUUCGACUGCGCCAGAUGAGAUCUUAGUUCAUUCCCUGAUUAUUGUGUAUGCAGCAAUGUUCAUGGUAUUCACCCUGGUUUUCCUGAUCAAAAGUUACUUGACGAUCUUUGGAUCUAUUAUGCGGUACCAGGGGCUUAUGAAUCAAGUAGAGGAAUACAUGAAGUACAGGCAGUUCCCGCUUUCUCUGAAGAAGCGAGUGCGUGCCUUCUAUCAGUACAGGUACCAAGAGCGGUAUUUUAAAGAGGAGGCUGAUCUUGACUGCCUGUCAGAGGAGCUUCGUGACGAGAUCAAACUGCACACGUGUCGUACACUGGUGCACAAAGUGAAGUUGUUCGAGGACGUGCCGGCCAGCGUGGUGGGCACGGUGCUCGGCUGCCUGCGCCCCGAGGUGUACCUGUCCAAUGACCUGGUGGUACGCGCCGGAGACAUCGGGGAUUGCAUGUACUUUAUAGCCACGGGGACUGUGGCUGUGUACUCCUUGAAAGGUGUCGAGGUGUGUCACCUGGAAGACGGCACUCACUUCGGCGAGGUGGCGCUGUUGAUGAAGGACAGCAAGCGUGUCGCCACUGUCGUUGCCGUCGAGAUCACCCAACUGUACCGGCUUGAUGCACACGACUUCAACCGCUUCGUGAUGUCCAACACCACAUUAUACAACCGCAUCGAAGCGCUGGCGUCGCUUCGCAUGCACGAGACCACGCUACUGGACGACGCGUUCCGCCGCGAGCGAGAGAGUCAGCAGGAACAGCACCAGUCUGAUAUGAUGCAUGAAGUCCCAGCCCCCAUGACUGAGCCUUGAUAAGGACAACAGACCCAAUCAUAUUUGAUUAUUGUUCUAAGAAGGCACCCACAAAACCUGUAUUCAUAAUGAGGAAGUUCUUUUUUAUGGAUUAGUGACUGAACAAAAUGUGAUAGAAGUUAUUGUGGGGCUUUGUCAGCAAUUUUGGUAACACUUAAGUUUAUAACUGGUAUUAUAAUUUAGCUUUUCAGCUUAGUUUUAGAAGCAAUAGUUUACUUCUUAGACUUGCUC